AUGAUUGCCAAUAACGUGAAUGAUUGGAGGAUGGAAAAACUGCUUGUAUUCACGACGCUAUUAUUUAUUGGAGCUACUGCCACAAAUAACUACUGGACGUAUGAGCAAAAUGAACCCCUCAUUAAUACAGGAAGUUUAGGUAACCCAGGUGGAUGCCAAUGCUCGUGCGAACCUGCUAUAGAGCCACGUAGAGGGAGCGGCGCUUUAUCAACAAACAGAAGACGCAGACGUAAAAACCGCCGGAGACAGCGUCAACCAGUAAUACCAGAAGUUAUUCCUCAAACUCCUAAUUUCAUUGAAAGAGGCUCUCGUGGUAUAAGAGUGACUGACCCAAUACCAGAAACAAGGGGCCUAGGAGGUGGAAUCAGAGCUCCAGUAUCAAAAACACAACGUCGAAUUGGUGUAGGAGAUGCAGUUUUACGUGGCGUUGCUGGUUUUGAAGGAGGUGCACCGUCUAGUGGAGUUUUACAGCCAGAAUAUAGAUUUGAUAAUGGACAUGACAACGGUUUUGUGGAUAACGGUUUUGAUAAUGGCAUACAUGGCAACGCCAUUGGUAUUGAUUCCAAUGUGAUUGGCGGCUCGACAGGCUUUCCAACAGAAGUAAAUGGUGGUUUUGGUACAGAUACUAAUGUUGGAUUCGUUGGUGAUCCUAAUGUGGGACAGGUUACUGAAACAAACGGCGGGAUACAGGGCAGAUUUAAUGGAGAUGGAUUCUCUAAUACAGGAAAUAUACGACAGGGGUCUUGGGGUUCAAAAAGUCGGAGGCGACAUAGGAAAAAAUACAAAUAUUAAUUUUUAAAAAUAAUAUGUAUAGAGCAAAUAUGUUAUUCACAAGUAGAAACAAUGAACGAAAAUAUAUUUUAUUGACAACAGAAGCAAUUAAAAACAUCUUGCAAUUUCGAUACCCAGAACGUCAUUAGUUUUCAGACGAACAUGAAAUUGUAUAAGAACGUCUACUCUGAGGACUCCUUGCCUUGCAAUAACUUGCCCAAUUAUUUUAUACUAUCGUGUAUCAUCGUGCAUAAUCGUGUAUUGUCGUGUAUCAUUGUGUAUGCUCGUAUAAUAUCGUGAUUAAAUAUAUAUUUAAUGACAA